GGCUCACGAGUCACGAAAAUGGAUCGGCAAAACUUGUGCUGCUAACCUGCUCCUUCGCCGCCGGCGGGAGCGGCAACCCAGAAAUGCCGCCCUUGACCACCGUCCUCUCCUCCUCUUCCAUCCGCUCUCCACCUCGCGGCGGAGCCCCAGCAAGAACCGCCUGUUCUGUGGCCGUCCCUCGCGGCCGCCGUGACAGCAGCAAGAAGCCCAUCCCCGAACCCACCGCGCUGCCGUUCUUGCUCCCGGAGAACCACCCCCGGCCGUGGCUGGCCCGGUGCCUCCACGCGCUUGCCGGCGCCGCCGCUGUGCUCGUAGUCGCGGUCGCGCAGGCUCCCCCUCCCGUCGCCCACGCCUCCUCCAUGGGCGGGCGUUCGCCGCCGGACGCCGCCGCAUACCUCUGCGAAGAUGUCCAGCGCUACUACGCCGGCCUGGAUGGCCUGGCCGGCGACGAGCUGAGGACGAAGCUCGCCGCCGUCGUCUCGCCUCAUGCCGCCCUGCGUUACAAAGAUGUGUGGGACGCGCUCAAGAUUCUUGAUGCAGCAGAUGCAGAACAUCCAGAGGCAUCCUCUGAAGUGAUUGAGAUAUACUCGCAGAGAGCUGUGCCGAAGCACUUAGCAGGCAAACCAGAUGGAUGGAACAGAGAACACUUGUGGCCUCGAUCAUAUGGCCUAACUUAUGGUCCAUCAUUGACCGAUAUUCACAAUAUCCGUCCUGCGGAUGUCAAUGUAAACUCUUCAAGGGGAAACAAAUAUUUUGGAGCAUGCACUGCCACAUCAGUAAGAUGUGUGCGGCCAGCGAAUCAUGAAGCAGCACCCGACACUGAGACAGACAGUGAAAAGUGGACACCUCCUUUUCAGGUGCGUGGAGAUGUAUCUAGGUCCCUGAUGUACAUGGCAGUAAGCUAUGGAUCUGGCCAGAUGGAUGGAACUCCACAUUUGGAACUUUCUGAUUCACCAAGUAUCCACAAAAGAAAGAUGGGUCUCCUAUCAGCUCUCCUACGGUGGAAUGAACUUGACCCACCAUCAAGAUCAGAGCAGCUUAGAAAUGACAGAGUUUGCAGCUUCUACCAGCAUAAUCGAAAUCCUUUUGUCGAUCAUCCAGAAUAUGCAAAUCUUAUAUGGAGGAACCCUCCUACCAAAAGUUCAACUUUCAUCAGGAAAUCACAGAUGGCUUGGGUCAAUGAGUUCCAUUAUGAAAAUAAAGGCAAAGAUGAGAAUGAGUUUGUGGAGUUGGUGAUACAUACGUCUUUAGAUGCAAAGGAUCUCAUGCUCGUACUGUAUAAUGGAGCAAAUGGGCGAAUGUAUCGCUCUCUUAAUUUUGCAGACAGGGAAGCCUUCACUGUCACAGAAAGACGUUCUGAUUAUCUGUUAUACACAGUGUCUACCCCUCUCCAAAAUGGACCAGCCGAUGGCAUUGCUCUUGUGUUCUGUAGAGACAUAAGCGAAGCCGAAGUCUUGGAAUUUUUGUCCUAUGAGGGGAGCCUGAGAGCACAGGAUGGACCUGCCAAGGGUAUAGUCUCCACAGAUAUCAUGCUCAGGGAGACAGAUGAGUCAUCUGAUCAUGAUUCGCUGGGACUUACUGGAUGCAGCAUUGAUGAGUUUGCAUGGAGAAAGAUGGCAGGGAAUGGAACACCUGGGAAGCUGAAUGCUGGACAGAUGUUUUAGUGCAAUUUAUCCGUGUCUGAAUGUCCAUCUGAAACCCUGAAAUUAAAAGAGGUAUCUGACAACUCGUACAACUAAAGGUUGUGAAAGUUAGCGAGCCUCAAGUGAAGGUCAUACUUCUGUAGAAGUUGACAGUGGUAUUCCUUCAUUUGAGGCUCCUGAAAAUAAGGAAGACUACACAUACAACGAGAUGAACUUUGGUAUGCUUCAUGCAUGAGACUAUUGCCCCAUGGAGGCGCUAUGGAAACAUGUAGACAGAAGUUUGAGCUCCAAUUGAUAUGUGAAUACACCAAAAGGUAAAUAUUUUAUUUAACAUAUUGGUUGAUACGCUGUAAGUGGAUACAAACAGACAGGAAUUAAUAGCAGAGGAGUUGCUAUUAAUUUACAUCAAAUUGUAUUCUGAACUGACGAAGGACAUGGAAAUGAAAGAAUUGGUUGAUCACUCUGUAGAUGACCUUCAUUGUAUUCUGAACUUUCUUUGUUAAUUUCGUGUAUCAACCAGCACGGUUGGUAAACUGUGCGAUUUCUGUGUGUACUAACCUGAUAGUAAAUUGACACUUGUACAGUUUGUACGUAUUUUGUCUCAUUUCAAUUUGUGUUGUUUA